AUGCUCGACACGAGAGGUACAGACCCGUCUCUCGAAGAGACAGCCUCUUCCGAGCUGCCUGUCCCCCCUGCGACCGAUCCCGCCACUCAUGCCUCCCCUAAAAUGUCCCACCCGCUCGACGAAGAUGACGGUUCCUUCUCGCCACGGGCCUCCAAGAAACGCCGCCUCGAUUCCGAGCCAGGCGACCUGUCACUGACCCCUCAACCCACCGAAUUGCCCCCAGACCAGCAACCGGGAAAUCAAAUCGAAGAGGAACUGGCAUCCGCCCUGGGAACGGGCGUCGUGGACCCCGUGGACCGCCCGGUAGAUGUGCCCGUUUCGAUCGAAGGCCCGGCAGACACCGCCGUGGCGCCCCCGGAGACGAGCGCGGAUAUCGACUCGGAUAUGGCGACGGUCAUCUCGAGCAUCAUGAACCAUGCAGAACGGGUGGAGGAACAAUGCGUGAUCGGCCAGCAGCAAUUGGCGGACACCGCGAGCGCGUCGCCCCCGAGAAUGGUGUUUGUAAAAGCCAACUCGCACUUGAAAAUCCAGAGUCUGCCUAUCCUCGACAAUCUGUCUGACGCGUUGACCAUCCAGUCUACUCAAAUCCUGUCGCUGUUGGCCAAGUCCUCGUACCAGGAGAUCACUUCCUUCGUUUCCGAGCCGGAGACCGAGAGCGGCCAGGCCUACGCAACCAUGCGAUCGCUUUUCGACCACACGAAAAAGGUGUACUCAACCAAGAGGUCGUUCCUCUCUCCUACGGAGUUGGAGCUCACCGAGCCGUCGCAAAUCGAAAUCAUCCGGAAGGCCAACCUGGCCUCGUUCGUGUCAAGCAUCUUCGGAACCCAGGAGAUCGGAUUCUCCGAGUUGAACGACAACUUCCUGGACGUGUUUGUCCCAGAGGGUGGCCGUGUCCUCAAGGUACAAGGGGCUUUGUUCCUGGAACUCAAGACUCAGGCGUUCAUCGCGUCGAUGAACAACUCCGAGCGGACCAGAACCGAGCUGCUGUAUACUCUGUUCCCCGAUGAGCUGGAGCAACAGCUGCUCGACCGACGCCCGGGAACUCGCCAGCUGGCCCCCAGUGAAGCCGACUUUGUCAAGCGGGCUGGAUCGCGCCGGGAAAUUCUUCUGAGCGAUGUCAACAACGAAGAAGCGAUGAAGGCGUUGCCGGACAAAUACCACUGGGAGGACUUCCUUCGGGACUUGAGCUCCUACAUCACGAAGAACUUUGACCUCACCAGCAACCAACAGACUAAAAAGACCGCGAAGGGCCGACAGCCAUCCUCGUCGGAUGGGGACUCCCAGCCACCCAACGCCCCCCUCCAAGGCCAAUUCCCCGUCUCGACCCAGCCUCCGGAUGUUCCUGUGGAUCGCAACAUGCACGGCGACCUGGUCGCUCGUGCGGCUCGUGCGGCGCAGAUUGCGCUGCAGGGCCACGGACUGCGGCGCUCCCAGCAGCAGCAGCAGCAGACUCAGCCGCCGCCGCAGCCACAACCGCAGCAACCGCCGCAGCACCACCAACAGCACCCGAUGCACCAACCGCAGCAUCUCCAGCAGCAACAACCUCAACAUUCGCCGCAACCCGGUGGGCAGAUCCUGCACGGGUAUUCGGCCGCACAGCCCACGGGUCAGAUGCAACACCAGCAGGCCCCUCACCAACAACAACCCUACCACCACAGCCCUGCGCCGUCCGGCUACCAGCAACCGCCCGGCCAGCUGACGUUCCAGCAAAGCCCGCUGCAGGCGAACUUCCAGCAGUACAAUCACGUCACGCCCGCCACGAUCCCGCGGCCGAACUCGGCCGCGGCCAACCAUGGGUACAUGCCUGGCAUCCCGCACUACUCGCAGUCGCAGCCGACGCAGGUGUUGUAUGAGCGGGCGCGCAUGGCGGCGUCGGCGAAGUCGUCUCCCAGCAGCCGCAAGUCCGGACUGCCCAGCCAGCGCCGGCCCUGGACAACCGAAGAAGAGAACGCGCUGAUGGCUGGUCUAGAUCGGGUUAAGGGCCCGCACUGGAGCCAGAUCCUAGCCAUGUUUGGCCCGGGAGGUACCAUCAGCGAGGCCUUGAAGGAUCGCAACCAGGUGCAGCUGAAGGACAAGGCGCGCAACCUGAAGCUGUUCUUCCUGAAGAGCGGCAUCGAGGUUCCGUACUACCUGAAGUUCGUCACGGGAGAGCUGAAGACGCGGGCGCCCGCCCAGGCUGCCAAACGGGAAGCGCGCGAGCGGCAGAAGAAGCAGGGCGAGGAAGACAAGGCGCACGUCGAGGGCAUCAAGGGCAUGAUGGCGCUUGCGGGCGCGCAUCCCCAGCCUGUUGAUCUCCACGGGCAUGGGCACGACGGCAUGUCUGCGUCGCCGCUGCCUCCUGACGCUGCGGCCCAUGCGGCGUUUGAUCAGACGGCGGAGCAGAACCUGAUGCAGACCCUCGGACAGGAGGUGCAUGGAGAAUCCUUUGGACAGCAUCAGCAUCACCACCAUCACCAUCAGCAUCACCAUGGGCACCACCAGGACCAUGUUGAUCCCAACAUGCAUCUUGGCCAAUGA